UCCUCACUAGAUUGGUUUCUUCUCGGAUUUGGAGUCCCCACUUACAACCCCACUCCCAUUUUCAGCCUCGCAGUCCUAACCCUCGUUUUUCUCUCCGCCGCAGCCUCCAUCUUCAGCUCUCACCAUCUCCUUCAACCCUACUCCUCACCUCCAUUUCCCAUUCCCAACCACUCACCUACGAGAAGAACCUUCUCUUUUUCCCUGCAUUUUGCCUCACCUCACUUCCUAGCUCAACCCGCACACCCCACCACCGUCCUCCGUGCCCUCACCCAUUUCUUCUCCAUCCCGAGCCAAACCCCUCUCCCUGAUUCAAGUAGCUACAUCCCAGCAUCGACUAACUUCACAUUUGGCCAAGCAGCUUCUGUUUUUCAUACCCCAAAGCCACCGCCAAAUCCAAGCCUCCACUCUCCUCUGCAAAAAAAAAGAGUCUUCGCUGCCAACCCAUACCCACCACGUCACCUUGACCGCGCCCCGUCACCUCGGCGCGCCACCAUUGCAAGCCUCCUCCCCGCACCGCCAGUGGCUACCGUGACAAGCACCCUUGACAAUCGUCAGCCCAAAUCCCCUGCAGCAUCCGUCGUUCGCUCCUUCACU